UUCAGAAUGUCAAACUAAACAGUGCUGGUUAGUUUGUAUUGCGGUAAACUGUGUAAGGCCAGUUUAGUUCCUACCUAGAAAAAAUCUAAAUUAAAUGGAUUUGGACUGGCCAGGAUGUAAGAAUGACUUGGCCAAGGACAUCCAUGACACACUAAAGGCUAGGGAAAACUUUAUGCUGCGUCUUACCGGCAGCUCAAAGUUGAUGUACUGGCGCAGGUACUUGGUCGAUUGGCUUGCACUUACAUGCCAGAAGUAUAGACUCAACAGCAAUGCUCAGCAUCUUGCUGUGUGUCUCUAUGAUCGGUUUACAGACCAAUUCCAGCUUGGUGUUGAAGACUUGCAAAUGCUUGUGCUUUGCUGUCUACUAGUGGCAAGCAAGUUUGAGGAGCGAGAGGAAAAAAUCCCAAAGUUCAAGAUUCUCAUGGACCAUCUCCAGUGGAAUCUUAAUGCUGCAGAGUACAUGACCAUGGAAAUCCGUUUACUCAGUGCAUUUGAGUGGGACAUUGGGUUUCCAACUGCUUCCCACUUCAAAGAGUACUACAUGCAAGUGGCUCUUGGGACACGCGAUUUACAUGCUGGUCAACCUCUUACGAACCGAGAGCAAGUGUAUAUGUACCUGGAAAAGAACGUUAGCUACUUUUUAGAAGUCUCGCUCCAAGACCAAGCCUUUCUGGUGUUUAAGCCUUCUCUCAUUACUGCCUCAUGUGUUGCUGCUUCCCGAAUUUGUCUUCACAUAGCUCCCACAUGGACUGUGGAACUGCAUAAAGUCACCAACUUCGCCUGGCAUCACCUGGUACCUUGUAUUGAGAUUCUGUUACGCUUACACGAUGAAGACAGACGUGCAAUGCAUAGUAAUGGAUCUUCUUCCCAUGUGUCCGGCACCCUCAGCAUUGCGCAUCAACAGGUACUAAACAGCACCGGCAGUACACCAGUAACAUCCCCCGUACCUCCACUACCAUUUACAUCCGAUAAUCAGCGCAACCAGCAUAUGCCAACUACCAUUCCAACUGGAAGAUACAACCGUGGCUACCUGGUUUGAUUCCAACUCAGAUUAGAAAAUUUUUCUUUUGUAUAAUGCGUGUUCUGCUUUCCUUUUCGUGCAGUCUAUUGCUCUUCACUUUUCUUUUCAAAUUGUAUAUUGUUUAUCAGUGCCACCUCUUAUAAAACAGCCAACUGUGCCAUAAGUUACCAUCUUGCCAAGAAUAUCAAGCAAAAAAUCAAAACAAAAUCUAUGUCAAAUGUAUUUUGAAAAUGCAUCUCAAUAUUCACUGUGAUACCUUCAGGUUCUCUUACUGUUAAACUCAUCCCGAAUUAACGUACGUGCUGCUCUGCCUUCUGUGUGUUAGUCUCUUAGUUCAGCAUUGCAUUUGUUUUGCACAUUUUACAAACCUGCAUAUGUUUCUAUUGCAAUUGUUUUACAUUCAUUUCUCAUACUACCGACAUUGUAGUGCUUGCUUUUGUUAUACCUUGCUUGAGUUCAAGCUGUACUGUCACUCACAUUCUUUGUAUUCAUACACUUGAUGUGCAUUGCAAAUUAAAUAAAA